AUGCGGUGCCCAGCGUCAGUGUAGCGUCAAAAGUCAGUGAGGUAGGGUGUGCGCUUCCCAUCAGUGCGGUUUUGUGAGAGACCAGCGUCGGACCCUAGUAACGCUGGGGUCCUGAAGCCUUUUUGUGCCUAGCGAGUGAACAGUUCGUGGCAGGAUGUGGCUGUGAAUAGCAGGACGUUUGCCUCUGGAUUACUAGUGUGCUAUGAAAAUAAGGUGCUGGCGAUGCUUAAACACGUGACCUACCGCUCCACCUCCUCCCUCGGCCGCGUCUCCUCUGAACUCACCUGCCGCGGCUCGAGUAGCGUCUCUCCGGAUACACUCAGCCUCAAGGGGGACCUCUCUCCCUCCCCCCAGCGCGCCCCCGACACCCUAUCCCUCAAGGGUGAGCCGCUGGGGGACACGAUCUCUCUCAAGGAUGACCACCACCACCACCACCACCACCUGUCUAUCAAGGAGUUCCCGGAUACUAUUAGUCUUCACUCCACCUUGAGCUUCUCGUCCCUCGCCACGGGAAGGUUGUCCUCGAGAUGCUCCUCCACGUCUUCUCUCAGUGACUCGCCCUCGACCCCGGUGAAGGUGUACCUGAGGGCGCUGCGUCCGGACAUGGAGUACAAGACGCUGAGCCUGUCGUCGGGCACCACGUGCCGCCAGCUGGUGCUGAUGCUGCUGGCCAAGUUCAGGCUGCGUCACCGCGACCCGAACCUCUUCUUCGUCACCAUGGAGGUGACGCUGCGCACGCCGGGGGGCGGGCGCCCCCGCGCGGCGCCUGCUGGUGCUGGACGACCAGGCGCGGCCCGCGGAGCUGCAGCAGUGCCGCCCGCGCGGCGAGGCGCGCUUCAGCGUGGGCGUGCGGCGCGGCGGCCUUGUGCGCGUGCACGACGGCAUCCUGAUGCCCGGGUCGCAGUACAAGUCGCUGCUAGUGUGCUACCGCCACCACCUCGGAGGAGCUGGUGCAGCUGCUGCUCAACUGCUACAACAGCAAGGAGAGCCCGGCGCGCUACGCCAUCCACGAGGUGUGCUCCACGCCCUACAGCGACCGCCCACUGCGCCGCGACGAGUGUCCGCUGCUGGUGCAGAGCGAGUGGCCCCGUGCGGCGCGGCCCCGCCUGUCGCUGGUGCUGCGCCGAACCGCAGCCUACGGCAUCGCCCUGCCGCCCAGGGUGGCUUGGCGCCGCAGCCUCGACCACUCCGGCACUGAUACGGAGUCGGAACACGAGGACCACAACACCACCAUCGGCAGCCUCCAUUCCACCUCCAGCGCCUCCUCCGCCCUCAGCAUAUCCUCGGGCGCCAGUGUGUCUUCAGGCUCCAGUGUGGCAUCGAGUGCUAGCGUGUCAUCCGGCACCAGUGUGUCGUCCGGCGCCAGUGUGUCAUCGGGAGCUAGUGUGUCGUCAGGUGCCAGUGUGUCGUCAGGUUGCCAGUGUGUCGUCAGGUGCCAGUGUGUCGUCGGGCUCCAGUGUGUCGUCAGGUUCAAGCGUGUCUUCAGGUGCCAGUGUGUCCUCGAGUGCCAGUGUGUCGUCAGGCAAUAGUGUGUCUUCCAGUACCAGUGUGUCGUCAGGUGCCAGUCUGUCUUCAGGCACGUCGUCGUCCUCGGGAGUGUUCUCCUCCUCGUCGUGUCCUGCCUCCUCCCCAGUGUCCUCGCCCUCCAAGCCCUGCCCCCCCCUAGUGGUACCACUCAGUCCCCUCCCCCUAGGGUCACCUCCAAACCUCCCGUCCCCACCCCUCACCCUGCCAAGCCCCCCGCGGCCUUCAGGACCAUCAGCCUGCCCCCCACGCCGGUGCCCAGGACCAUACUGAACACCGCCACCUGUCGCAAGCAGCUCCCUGCCCACCCUGCAGACUGGCGACACCACCACCACCGCCUCCCCCCUCCCACUGCAUCCCAGCAAGCCUCUCUUCAUCCGCCCCCACCACCACCCCCAUCUCCAUUACCUCCACCCCGCCACCAGCGCCACCCAGGACCGUUAGUGUCCCGGGGGAGGGCAGGCCGCCGCCUCUCCCCGUCAGGCGGACGUCGUGCUGCCGGAAUUACAAGAACUGCUUCUACAUCUGAGAGCCGCCGUCCCCGCGGAGCCCCGAAGACUCAUGCCAAAGAUUAGAUGGUAACUUGCCCCAGAGGCGACAGUCAGUGUCUCUUGGGAACAACGAGGCCUCGGACGGGACGGAGUGACUGGAUAGGUCAAGAGCAGAGAACACCAGGAGACUGUAACUAUUCGUGCUCGCUGAGAACUGUUCUGUACUGAUGGUGCUGAGGAGGAGGAGGAGGAGGAGGAGGUGGAGGAGGAGGGAGAAGAGGAAGAUAGAGGCGGAGAGGGAAGAGGAAAAAGAGGAGGAGAACGUCAUUACAAGUGCAAAGACAGUUAAGUAGAAACCAAUGAGAGUUUGGCCACCUCCUGUUUUGUGUAUUCAUUAAGAUGUCACCAAAAAUUUCACACAUCUAAUGACCCGCGACUGUCAUGAUCGUGGUGGUGGUGGUGGUGGUGCUGCUGAUGAUGAUGUUGAUGGCAGUGAUGGUGAUGGUGGUGAUGGUGAGGGGAAAAAACACAAUGACGGUGGAAGCAGAAGUGGAGGAAUGGAACAAAGACCGUGGUGGAGGAAGAAGAAGAGGGAGAGAGAGAGAAAAAAAAAAGAAAAGAGAAGGAGGAGGAGGAGGAAGAGGUAAAAGAGGAGGAGGAAGGACGUGACAUUACCCUUGGAAACAAUACCCGCGGCCGUGAACUUGGAGGAGGAGGAGGAGGAGGAGGAGGAAGGAAGGAAGGGAAAAGAGCAGUUUGAAGGAACGGUUCUUUCCACCCCUGGGAAGUGUGAGCUCCUCUGACCUGAAGGUGCCGCGGGGUGGGGUGGGGCGGGGCGGAGUGGGUGGGGCGGGGCUACGGUCGUGGGAACCUACGUACUGCCGCCCCGCCCCUUCCCUUCCCGCCCCAGCCCUUCCCUCCCCACCCAGUCCUUCCUCCCGUGCAACAAGAGGGCACCGGAUUACAUUAGGAAGAACAAACAUUGGAUCUUCUUGCUUGUAAUUGAAGGUAUUUGAUGAAGAA